ACUUUUGCAGCUUUUUUUCCGACGUGCUCCCGUGCUCCGCGUCCUUCCCCGGGCCGCCGCGGGGAGCUCGCUGCGCCUCCCUCUCCCUCCCCAAACCCGGCUCCUUGGGCAGCAAUGGCAGGCAGCAUCACCUAGCGCCCUGCGCGGCGGCCCGGACGGAGGGGGGCACCGACGAGAUCACCCCCGAGACCCCCCCCCCCCCAAAAGUCUCCUUCCCCCCUCACCUGCCCGCGGCCCCCGAGCCCCGCCAUGGGCCGGCCGCGCCGCCGGGCCCCGCAGCGCCCGCAGUAGCGGAGCGGGGGCUGCCCCCCAAAGCCCACCAUGAGCGCGGCCACCGGCAGGAAGGGGCCGGCAGCCGAGAGCCGCGCACCGGGGGUGGCGGAGGGGAGCGCGGUGCGGGAGCUCUCCCCGAGGAAGAGGCCGGCGGCCGCCGCCGAGGAGCGCUGCGCCAGCCGCCCGCCGCCCGAGGGCGCGGGGGCCGCCGCCGGCACCGAGCCGCGGCCGCUGGAGCGGGCGGCGGCGGCGGCCGGGGGCUGGUGCCGGAGCUGCCAGGCUCAGCUGGCCGAGCUGCGGAGGCAGGCGGCGAGGCUGGCGGCCGGAGGCUGCCCUCCCAACGCCCCGCCGGACCCACGAUUAUCAGCUUUAAUUUUUGACAAGCUUCAAGUGCCUGACUAUUUACAGAAAAACAGGAAUGAAGGAGAGAGCAGAUGCGAAACCUGUGCCACUCACUUGAACCAGCUGAAGCAGGAAGCCAUUCAGAUGAUGCACACCCUCAGUCAAGCCAGCUACCCAGAAAUGCCCGACCUCCCACCCGGCGCCACGGCAGUGACCAGCAUGGUACCAAGGGUGGUCACUGUCUCUUCGCAGAGGGACCUGCCACUCAUUGCUGGGCAGGUGGGCAGACAGCCUGGAAAAUCACCGAAUCUCUUCUCUGGGGCAGAGAGGAAGAAGGGACUUGGAUGGUCUCAAGGCACAGGCGGUUUUCCAAAUUCCAGCGUUCAAGUCACGGUGGCCCCCAGUGGCCUCAGUGGUGCUCUGAGUUCAGUCACCAUCCAAGCUCAGCAGUACCUUGAAGGCAUGUGGAGUAUCUCCAGGGUGAACAGCUUCCUGCCUCAGGCUUGUCUAGCAGAAACAGCAUCAGAAAGUGGCCGGGAUGGACCCAGCGUUCAGGUCAGCUCAGGGCAGAACAACUCGGACCCCACGGGAACAGGUGGCUCAGUGGCCUCCCAGAGCUUGGUGGCUCCAUCCGGGGUCUCGGCAGGUACCUCAGCUGCAGCUUCAUUCUUCAUAAGAGCAGCACAGAAGCUUAACCUGUCUUCGAAGAGAAAGAAAUACCAUCCACCCCUGCCACACACACACGACUUCUCUAUUUAUGCUACUAACUUUAGUGGCAUCCUGCAGCUCUGUCCUCCCCCAGCACCACCAUGCCUUCUGAGAGCUGUGUCCAAAAUCAAGGACAACCCUGGCAUUGGAAAGGUGAAAGUGAUGGUAAGAAUUUGUCCUUCUCAAGGAGCACAUGAAACAUCUGAAUCCAUGUCCUUCCUAAAGGUGGAUCCACGAAAAAAGCAAAUCACUCUUUAUGAUCCAGCGGCAAGCGGGCCUUCCAACAUAGGUCACAGGAGGGGUGUUGUUGCUGUUCCAAAGAUGUUUGCCUUUGAUGCAGUUUUCCCACAGGAUGCUUCACAGGCUGAGGUAUGCUCUGGAACAGUAGCAGAAGUAAUCCAGUCUGUUGUGAAUGGUGCAGAUGGUUGCAUAUUUUGCUUUGGUCAUGUCAAGCUUGGAAAAUCUUUUACCAUGAUUGGGAAAGAUAGUUCCACACAAAGCCUUGGUAUCAUCCCCUGUGCAAUUUCUUGGCUCUUCAAAUUAAUCAAUGAACGUAAAGAAAAAACUGGGACACGUUUCUCUAUUAGAGUAUCUGCUGUGGAGAUCAGUGGCAAAGAUGAAAACCUUAAGGAUUUGUUAGCUGAAGUAGCCAGUGGCAGCCUUCAGGAUGGCCAGUCUCCCGGAGUUUAUCUGAGAGAAGAUCCAAUAUGUGGAACGCAGCUUCAAAACCAAAGUGAGCUAAGGGCCCCGACAGCAGAGAAAGCUGCAUUUUUCCUUGAUGCUGCACUUGCUGCCAGAAGUACCAGCAAACCUGAAUGUGAGGAAGAAGAUAGGAGAAAUUCACACAUGCUCUUUACUCUUCACAUAUACCAGUAUCGCAUGGAGAAGAGUGGCAAAGGAGGAAUGUCUGGAGGACGCAGCCGUUUGCAUCUCAUUGAUCUAGGAAGCUGUGAAAUGCUGAGCAAGAGCCGAGAUGGAGGAGGCUCUCUGUGUUUGUCUCUCUCUGCCCUGGGCAAUGUAAUUUUGGCCUUAAUUAAUGGUGCUAAGCAUGUGCCAUAUAAGGACAACAAGUUGACAAUGUUGUUGAGGGAAUCACUUGGAAACAUCAACUGCAGAACUACUAUGAUUGCGCAUAUUUCUGACUCCCCAGUCAAUUAUGCAGAAACUCUCACCACCAUUCAGCUUGCAUCACGAAUCCACCGAAUGAGAAAGAAGAAAUCCAAGUAUGCAUCCAGCUCAUCUGGAGGAGAGAGCUCAUGUGAAGAAGGACAUGUCAGAAGACCUCCCCAUCUGCGACCAUUCCACCCACGAACGGUUGCCCUUGACCCUGACCUUCCUGUCCUGAGUAUAUCUAGUGAUCCUGAUUAUUCUUCUAGCAGUGAACAGUCUUGUGAUACUGUCAUCUACGUUGGUCCCAAUGGUGCAGCUUUGUCUGACAGGGAAUUGACAGAUAAUGAAGGUCCUCCGGAGUUUGUUCCCAUAAUCCCAUCCCUGAACAAGAAGAGAAGUAAAGACAAUUCUGCUACUGGUAGGAGUUCUGACAAGGACCAUUUUAAAUGCAACACUUUUGCUGAACUGCAAGAAAGGUUAGAGUGCAUUGAUGGAAGUGAGGAACCCAUCAGAUUUGCUUGUGGAGAAAUCUCUGUUGCGUCCAAUUGUAGUCCAUUGCCUGGAGGUACAGAAAAUGCACAGUCUAAACUGAUAAAGGAAAAAAUAUCUCCUCCUUCUGGAGGAUUUAAGAAACCAGUUCCACAAGAAACUGCAUCUCCAAAAAAAGGACAUAACCUCCCUUUCCAGACUGUUGCACCAAAGGGUGGCAAUGGUAAUUGUCAUGAGAAGAACACACCUCACUUGAAAACAGAGCUUUCCAACCCACAGAGCAGAGCUGACAGUAAAAUAACAGUACUGGAGGGAGAGAGAGAGACAAUCACUGAUUCCCUGCAGUCCUCAAGGUGUAGCCCUUCAAAGAAUCUGGAGCAGAAUAAAGCUACAGCUGGCUGUGUCACUAAAGAAAAGUCCUUGUAUGCGAAGAGACCCUUGCCAAGUCCAGCACCCCCGCCUCCACAGCAGAAAGAGCAGGUGCCAGGCCCCAGUGCUCAGAGUUUGGAGCUGGACAAUAGCAGUGCAGUUCGCACUCCUCCUGUGGGAAUGAGCAAGCAGAUGGCAAGCAAACCUGAGCAGAACCCCCAAGGAAGCACAUUUCUGGUUGGUAGUAAUGCCCAGAAUCAGUCAGGUGCUAUAGAGGUACACAGCUUCCGGUCAGCGUUCAGAGGUAAAUGUUUUGAUCGGGAUAUACUAACCACCACGGUGACUUUGCAGCAGCCUGUUGAGCUGAAUGGAGAGGAUGAACUUGUUUUCACUGUGGUGGAAGAACUGUCCAUCAGCGGGAUUAUGGAUAACGGAAGACCUUCAAGUAUCAUUAGCUUUAACAGUGACUGCUCCCUUCAGGCUCUUGCAUCGGGUUCGAGGCCAGUUAGUAUUAUCAGCAGCAUAAACGAUGAGUUUGAUGCUUAUACCUCACAGGAAACUUCUACUGGUGUAAAUAUUGAUAUUGUUGUGCCCUUUGCUAAGGAUCCCUUUACCAGCAGCAGACGUUCCUCCAUCAGUUCAUGGCUCAGUGAAGUCAGCAUCUGUACAAUUGAAAGUGAUGGAGCCCAGUCUAGUGACAGUUUUGUUGCUCAGUCAUCUUACAGCUGUAACAAGUCUGAGGAACCAUUCAACUUGGAUUCACCCAAUUCAUCUGUCCCCCUAAAAAGCGCUCUGAAUGACAGUGGAUUUUGCUUCUCUGAACUGGACAGUGAGAGCAUGAAUUCUAGCAAGCUGUCCUCAGGCUUUGGCAAAAGCCCUCAAACCUCUGAAACUACCAAAGCAUCUCAGAUUAAAAGUGCUUUUUGUGUCACUGAUCAGCCUGUAAAAAUAAAAUGUGGUAAUUCUUGCGAUACACCUGUAAUAGAAACAAUACAUUCUAGUCUUCCUAGGAAAACAAAAACUACCUCGUCUCCAAUCCACAAUAAUACUGUCCUUAGCUAUAAAGAGCUGCAGAAUCCACAUUGCAUAUUUGAAGAUCCCUGGCUGUUGCGCACAGAUAAUCAGCUGGAAACGAAACCUGCAGAUGCAUUGCUGUCUCCAAAAUCUCACACAUUUGGUACUGAGAAGCAGCCAGGAAAAGCUGCCCAGUAUUUUGGUGCAGCAUCUGGGCCAACGAAGUCACAGACUAUGCUCACCUGUUCGCAGAGGGUUGUAGAUGGUUGUGAAAUGGCCUGCAAAUCCUCCAGCGGAGCUGCAAAGAAGUCAGAAGCUGUGAUGAAGAUGCCACAGCUGAAGAGAGGAGCCACCACACUGGGAGUGAUGCCAGUAUCGCAUGCUAACAGUAGUUUGUCGGAGGCCAUCACCCGAGGGAAUUCGGAUGCUCCCAUGGCCACUGGCAGCUUGAAAUCUUCACUGGGAAAGAAGAGUGUGCCACAGAAGUCAAGCUUGUUGCCCAGGCCAGGUGGGCCAACACCUCCAACACCUCCCGUACGCAAAUCGAGCCUGGAGCAGAAACCUGUCGCUCUGGGAAAUGGUGGGGGAAAAGCCACCAGCUUGGACUUUGCCAGAGCUGCCACACCAAAGGUUGAGGAUGAAAUGGAUUUGCGUUUGAAAGCUGGGUCUUACUUCAGUGAAAGUGCCAGCAGUAGAAUGAACCUGAAGGGUGACCACUCUUUGCCUAAGAUGACAUCAAGCUUGAAGGCGAAGGCAUCAAAGAGUGAAGCCGUGCACCGCUACGGAAGCCACAUGUCCCUGGAGAGGUGUGACAGCCUGACAUCAGUCGGAUCCAAAGCAAAUGUGGCGAGGGAAAAUGGGAACCCUGGAAACAGCCGGACAGGACGCUCUGUCCCUAGGCUGGGCAUCCCCCCUGUUGCCUCUGGUGUGGCUUUACCACCACCCUUCACCACCCCUGCACCUGGAAAAAACAGCCAGGUAAAACCCACAGCUAACCAGAAGGUCCAAGCCAGUGGGAAUAAAAACCGGGGCCUCUCUGCCAGUGGGUCAAAGUCUCUCAGCUCCUCCGUGAAGUCCCUGGCGCAGCCCGCGGGGAAGGGCUCUGGCGUGGCCCCUAGUGGGAAGGCGGCCCCCCGCUCUGUGCAGCCUGUCAGUGGCAAACCCGGCCGAGGGACCAUCAUGGGGACCAAGCAGGCCAUGAGGGCGGCCAACAGCCGUGUGAACGAGCUGGUGUCAGGUGGCUCUGUCAAGGUGGGCCACUUCCGAGGCUCCACUGACUCUGACAGUGGCAAUGACAGCGGCAUUAACCUCAGUGACGAGAAGUCGCAGGUCCCGGUGCUGCCGUCUCCCUACAGCAAGAUAACGGCACCCCGGCGGCCUCAGCGGUACAGCAGCGGGCACGGUAGUGACAACAGCAGCGUCCUAAGCGGGGAGCUGCCGCCAGCCAUGGGGAGGACGGCUCUCUUUUACCACAGCGGUGGCAGCAGUGGCUAUGAGAGCAUGAUUCGGGACAGCGAGGCCACUGGCAGUGCCUCCUCGGCGCAUGACUCCAUGAGUGAAAGUGGGAUGUCGUCGCCGGGCCGGAUGAGGAGCCUCAAGUCUCCCAAGAAACGAUCAACAGGUCUCCAGCGUCGUAGACUGAUUCCUGCUCCAUUGCCAGAUGCUGCCUCACUAGGAAGAAAACCCAGUGUCACUGGCCAAUGGGUUGACCUACCACCUUUGCCAGGCACUUUAAAAGAGCCAUUUGAAAUUAAAGUUUAUGAGAUUGAUGAUGUGGAACGAUUACAGCGACACAGACAAGAGGAAACUGAGGGUCUGAUGUAUUUCCAUACCAAGCUGAAGAUACUAGAGAGGCGCCAGCAGCGAAUCAGAGAAGUAAAGGCAAAGCAUGAGUUUUUGAAGGAAGAGUUGGAGGAGACAAAGUGCAGGUUGAUGAUGGAUCCAAAUAAGUGGAAAGAAGACUUUGAAGUGGAUCCUGAUCUUGAUAAGGAGUCACAGGAAUACCUCGAGGCACUGGAACAAGUGACAGAGGAACUGGAGCAGUGUGUUAAUCUUUGCAAGUCACACAUCAUGAUAGUGACGUGUUUUGAUAUUGGAAUAACAGAUGUACAAGAUGGAGUAAGGGAAGUGGAAGUUUGAAGAGAGGUUUUUUAAGGGACUGAAGGAAGUGAAGCUGGAUCGUCCGACAUGAAGUAAAGAGAUGAAGUCGCUGGAAAGUGAAGGAGGAAAGGUGAAGACUAAAAAGCAACAAUGAAUGUUGUAGGAGAAAGAAACAGAUGAGGGGAUGGGAAUGUUCAUAAAUCAUUUGGUGCCUCAACGUGACCUGAACUGUACAAAGAUAAAAGUAGGAACAAGUACUGCUUCUGCCAGAUGGAAGCGAAGAAAUUUACAAACCAAGACAUUAAAAAACAAACAUACAAUGGAAGUGCCUUUAAAGAUCAUUUGAUUUUCAUUUUUGUAUUUGGUGCUAGAAUUAAAGCCAGCAAACCUAAGCAGACCACAAAAUGUAUUCCUACGAAAUAUUUUAUACUGUAUAGUGUAUUUAUGACUAUAUGUAAAAAAAAAAAAAAAAACAAAAAACCACAAAAAACAGCAUUGUAGCAAAAGCAAUAAGUAAAUUAUGUUUUCAUACCUGAACUUGCCUUCUUGUUUCAUAGAAAAGCUGUUUUAUGUAGCAGAAUUAAAAUUGUAUUAUAAUUGUUUUCUUGGUUAGGGUUCAAGAUAUUUUUAUGAACAUUUAUCUAUUGAAAAGGUGUAUUAUGGCAUUUUGAGAUGAUUGUUUUACCUUCAGGUUUUGUAUUAUUACUUUUUCAGAUCAAAAUAAAUGUUUGUUUUCCAUUUUAUAUAUACAUAUAUAGAUAUAUAUUAACUGCUUACCUACUUUCUUGGUUACUAACCUCACUUAUCACAGACCUGGUCUUUUUGGAGUCGUUAACUUAAGGUGAGGAUGUCUACAAAGGGCACUGUGGUUUGUUUUGGUUUUCUUUUUUCCUCUUUGACUGCAGGAAUUGAGAAUUAUGUUUAUUACCAAAACCAUAAAACAAACAAAAAAAAAAGGAAACAAAGUUUUUGUAAAUGUUAAGUUAGGUCCAUAUUUUUAUAUAGUUUUGACUAUAAAUAUAGCAUUUGCAUUUUGAACUUUUAAGACAAAUAGUAUAUCUUUUUACAGUUUUUCUAAGGAAGGCAAACCCUCAGGAUCAAGUUUAUACAUGCUGCAUGAGAUUUGUGCUUUUUUGAAGGAGGCCACUUAAGUGUGGGAACUAUUGAUAAAUUGUUGCCAAACAAAUACUUUUGAAAAGGUUUAAUAGUGUAUGUAAUACCACAUUUCAUAAUGAAUCAUAUUUUCUGAUCAUCUUCCUUUUUAUGGUUUUUUCAAGUCCUUUGUACAAAUAUGUAUUAUAACAGCUUGCUUCAGUUUUUAUCUGUGAAUAAAAGAUACAUCUAUUGUUACGA